AUGGCUUUAGUCUUUAGAGUAGUGAUGCAAUUCGUUGGAAUUUCCCUAUCUUUGCUGGGAUGGGUUUUGUCUAUUAUUACAACUUACUUGCCGCAAUGGAAGAACCUCAACCUGGACUUAAAUGAGAUGGAAAACUGGACCAUGGGACUCUGGCAAACCUGUGUCAUCCAAGAGGAAGUGGGCAGGCAAUGUAAGGACUUUGAUUCUUUUCUGGCUUUGCCGGCCGAGCUCAGGAUCUCCAGGGUUUUAAUGUUCCUGUCAAAUGGGCUGGGAUUCCUGGGCCUGCUGGUCUCGGGGCUCGGCCUGGACUGCUUGAGAAUUGGAGAGACACAGCAGGACGUCAAGAAGCGGCUGCUGAUCCUGGGAGGAAUUCUGUCCUGGACAGCAGGCAUCGCAGCCCUGGUUCCUGUCUCUUGGGUUGCCCACGUGACAGUCCAGGAGUUCUGGGAUGAGACCCUCCCAGAGGUUGUGCCCAGACACAUAGAAAAGGACAAAAAGGAAGUUGUUUUAAGGAAACAAGCUGUUCCAACAGAGGUGACGGAAAUGAAUGCAGCGCCUGUUUCAGGUGGACCUGGGCCUCUGCACUGAAGCUUGCACUCAGGUUUAACGUCACGCUGGACAAGCUGCCCUCCAGUACGAAGUACCCAGCGCCGCUGCCAUCUUCACAGUCGCUCAUGGAAAAGCAAAGGAAGAGCGAAAACCACCUUCUGCUAAACCGAGUUAUUUCUCAACAGUCAUUUCAAUAGGAUACAUCUCUGGAUACUGCUUCUAUUCCAUUUUUACAAAAUAAAGCCCACUGGCAAUACACAUAUACUGUACACUUGUGUACCACAUUA